AUGUACGAUGCUCGAGCUCCCACCUACGAAGAUGAUGGCGAAGAUGGCUCGAGCGAUUUCCACAAGGCUCAAGCAAAAGACUAUCUUGAAUGGAUGUCACUAUCACCAGGAACGAACGUCCUCGACCUUGCUUGUGGCACAGGUGGAAUUACAAUCCUUGCAGCGCGAGCAGUGGGACCCUCAGGGACUGUUAUCGGGGUAGAUAUCAGUCCUGUUUCCCUUAAUAUUGCCAGGGCCAAAGCUAUUAAAGAGAGUCUCCCGGUAGCUUUCUAUGAGCAUGACAUCAGCAAUCUGACUGGUGUGGAAGAUAUCAAGGAGGGUACAUUCGAUAUUGUCACUUGUGCCUCAGCGAUGGUUCUGCUCGAAGACCCGGCCGACUCUGUCAAACACUGGGCCAAACUUCUAAAGACCGGAGGGAAGUUAAUAUUCGAUACAUCGACAAAUGACAGCUUGGUUGUCGGCCGCUGCUUCGACAUUGUCAAGGAAGAGCUGCACAUGUUCACAGUCUACGGCAGCAAGACUGCCCUGGGGACUGUCUCCAAUGUCAAGCAGCUGUUGGUCGAUGCUGGAUUGGACGGUACUGAAACUUUUAUUAGCAGGCAGUAUACUGAGUUCAAAACGAUCGAGGAGAUUGAUGCUGGCAGAGGAGAAGACUUGUUUGAGAAGACAAUGCAACGAGAAGGAUGGGUGAAACGAUGGUACGACGAGCUAAAACAGCCUGGUGUUAGGGAAAAAUCCAAGAAUAUCUUUUGUAGGCAGUUGAACGAAAUGGCCGAUGAAAAUGGCAUCGUCAAGUCGCAUUUCAGGUUCAACGUGGCGGUGGGAAAGAAGAUUUAA